AUGCCUCAAAUAGCUCCUUUACUCUGACUUUAUUUGUACAUCUUUUUUUUACUUAGAUUUAUUAUUUUUUUAAUAAUCAAUUAUUUUAUUAAACCUUUUGAAACUAUUGACUCUAACAUUAUUAGAAAAUCUUCAACACACUUCUUUAACUGAAAAUUAUAG